UCAACAAACCGAUGGAAAUUUGGGAGACAGUGGUUAGAGAGGUGUUUGAAGGAGUUGCCUGAAUUUUUUAGUUGAUUUUCUGUUAUUUUUGGACAGUUCAGCCACGUGAAAUGAUGUCAGUGCGUAGGGCCAGCUUGUUACUGUUACGAUCCUACCGCCGCGUUCUUUCGUCCUUGCGUACUGUGCUCAGCCUAUUCUUCACCUCUUUUCUGAUCUUCCUCGAUAUCCAUUUACGUUGGAAACCGUUGUUUACUAGACACCAGCAUCAAUCAAUCCUAUUCAAUCAGCAUUUCCACGGACCCCGCACUUUUUACUACUACUACCCUUAUCAUCAUGGACGAAAUCAUUCCUGGCCUAUGGGUAGGAGACCUCCCAAGCGCCCUCAAUGUCGAGCUGUUGAAGCAAAACCACAUCUUCAGCAUUCUCUCUGCGAUGCGUGGCCGAAUAACUAUACACGAGACUUUUGUUCGCCAUCAAAUCUUACUUGACGAUACGGAAGAAGCAGACAUCAUGAUUCAUUUUCUCCCUUCGAUAACCUUCAUCCAGGCUGAACUGGACAAGGGCCGGAGCGUGUUGGUGCAUUGCCAGGCUGGAAUGAGCCGCAGCGUCACGCUUGUGGCAGCAUAUCUCAUGUAUACUCGACAUCUAUCGCCCGAGGCGGCGUUGGAGCUCAUCAGGAAGUCGCGACCGAAUAUUGAUCCCAACCCUGGAUUCCUGGUGCAGCUGGAGCUAUUUCACAAGGCCUCAUUCAGGAUAUCACGCAAAGACAAGGCGACUCGAAUGUUCUAUAUGGAACGAGCAACAGAGGAGGUCAUGAACGGCGACGGAACUCUACCACCUACCGACAUGUUUGCCAAAUUCCCUCGCACACCAUCUGACUCGACGCCCACUACGCCGGGAGGUCCGCGACGGCGUAUACGCUGCAAAAUGUGCAGGCAGGAGCUGGCAGCAAGAGAGCAUAUGCUAGAUCACGGUCAACUUGGCCCAGCAACUCCAGCAUCUCAGACUCCAGCUGGGUCACGACGAUCAUCAACCAACCAAUCACUUUCUCGGCAUUCGUCCAUUGGUCAAUCACGACCAAGGCUUGGUUCGAACAGUGAUAUCCACCCUAGGCGACCGCCGCAAUUAUCUUUCGGUGGACUUGGCGACUCACUCUCAAUGUCAGCGCUAGAGACCGAUGACCCCAUUGAGGAUGAUGGUGGGAACACCGCGAAACCUUGCCCUACUUUUCCACAGCCCCGGGUUUCUGGAGGAGGAGAAAUUCGAAAACGGCCAUUUACCAAUCUGCCAAGGAGCCUAAUGGACUCGCUCUCCAUAUCUGCGCUUGAAACCGAAGACGAUGACGAGAUAGAUCUGUCCACUGUAGCAAAGACAGACCUUACACCUGCAAAUAAUGCGGGAGUCCCGUCGAUAGAUGCUGCAACCAUGCUGGGACGCUGUCUUUCUGAUGCGGUCAUCGCAUUGUCACCUUCUGACACGGAACCGGGGCAACCGCCUUCUGCGCCUCAAAAUGGGACCUCCGGAGCCGAAACGACGCAAUUCUCGAGUCCCGGUGACCUGGCAGCACAGCUACAUGCUAAUCCUAAGUUGGCUGCGUUACGCACCCCCAUCGCAAUGGGAAUGACCCCGAUUCAGACAAAUACUACUAGAUCAAAUACCAGCACAAGCAGUCCGCCUAUUCUAAUGAAUCCCAAAUGCUCUGGCUACUUCGUGGAACCUAUGAAAUGGAUGGAGCCGUUCUUGAAGAGUGGCGAAAUGGCUGGAAAGAUUAUCUGCCCUAACAAGAAGUGUGGUGCAAAACUUGGUAACUUCGACUGGGCUGGGGUUUGCUGUGGGUGUAAAACAUGGGUAACUCCUGGAUUCUGUAUCAAUCGCUCCAAAGUUGAUGAGAUAGUCCACUGAUUCGAGCACUGUAGUGGUUGUACUAUCCAACACAUUCCAAAUCUCACAUAGACCAAUUACCGGUUCUUCGGCACGUCGGGUCACAGGAAGAUGCUCGAAUUAUUGAGAAGGCAAGAAUUUUAAAAACUUGAUUCAUUGAUGGCAAGUAUAAUCAACGAUGCCAUCAUGACGACUCCCCUACUCAUCUUUACUCAUCGUCUUCUUCGACGUCCCCGAAUUCGAACAUACCAAGGCGCUCGCGCUUGGCUUCCUGAACAGAUGACUGAAAGUUUUUGAGGAGCUGUGGAUAUGAAUGCAAGU